UAGGACGCCGGCUCUGGAGGCGGGAUCAGCUCAGCUCUGCCCCCUGCUGGCCGACCAGCCAAACCAGGUUAGGGCCGGGCUGGGAGGCGCCUAGGUAGCAGCCGCAGCCCUAAGGGAUGCUGAGCCCCGCCCGGUGCUUGCCUCCUCCUCCUCCUCCUCCUGCCUCCCUCCUCCGCACAGCCCCAUGGCCAGAAGGGGCUCAGCUGGCCACCAAGAGGCUGGCAAGGCGCUUGGCUUGGAAGGGGGCCCGCUGUGCCAGCUGAUCCACUCGCCCGAUUACAACGUGUUCCCCAACUCUGCGGUCUUUGAGAGCAACUUUGUCCAGGUCACGAAGAAGGGGAAGUGGGUGAACAUCACCAACGUGCCCACCAUCGUGAUCAUGGGCGUCACCUCCUCGGACCCCUGCCUCCCCCUCCCCAACGUGCUCCUGAUGGCCAAAUACAGGAAAAGCCCCCCGAAGGGGACCAGCGAGUCUCGGAAGCGACCCGCCAUAGAGCUGACCAGGAUGCUUCCCCUCAGGUACGUCCGGCUGUCUGUCCACAACGUCGCCUUGCGCAUUCUGAGGGUUCAGACCAUGACCCGGAAAGUCUACUUCCUGCAGCUGCACCAGGAGCAUCCCCGGGUGGUCUUCACCCUGUGGAGCCGGCUGGCCGACAUCCUGCAGUGGGGGCUCUCCAUCACCACCAAGGACCCCGCCAUCCGCAUCCGGCACAGCCUGGUGCCCAGCAGCGCCAGCAGCAGCGCCAGCAGCUCCUCAGCGGAGGGCUCUGAGCGGUCACCCCGGAGGAGCCCGAGUCUCAUGAAGAAAGUCAAGAAAGUCAAGAAGAAGGUGUCCGGGGUCUCCUCAAACAUCUCGGGAACGUCUCCGAGGAAGAAAGAGCAGCAAAGAAAGAUGUCCUUCCACGCAGACCUCCAGGAAGAUGCGUUUGCCGUACCGAAUGACAUACGAGUGCUGUUCUACGACAUGCCUCCACCGCUGGUGUGCGCGCGAUGCAGAGGGCGGCUGUCGAAGGCCUCCCCGAGAAGAGGCAGUAGCGACCCCGGGACCCACUCCUCGGAUCUGGACCUCCUGCGCUGGAUGGACGACCAGAGCUACGGCCUCUGGCAGCAAGAGACUCCCGCGUGGCUGCAGCCCCUUUGCCGGCUGAGCAGCCUGGCUGCUGCCAACGCCAAAUACAGCCCCUCGUGACUGAGGAUGGGCCACCGUGAGGCUGGCUGGCUGGCUGGCGGGCUACAGGGCCCUGGGACCCCACCCCACCGCCAGCGCCCACAGGGAAGCGGGCGGGCUGGCUGGCUGGCAGAAAUUGCAGACAGAGAACUAACGCAAGGAAUAAACCUACCAAGCUCGG